AAAAAUGCAAGUAAAUAGCUCCUCUAGAUUGAGGAGUUCACAAUUAGAGAGAUCACCAAACACGAAAUCUGCUUUUUUGUAUCCCCGGCCAUCUCUCCCAUCUCUUUCAACGACUUCUGCAGACAAUCUUCCAGAUGCGAGGAGUUAUUUACAAACGAAACUGGACGUACCAACGAAAUCUCUACUUAGCCACGAUGAAUACGGUAUAUGCAAUAAUCCAGAUUUUAGGUAUACAUCUAGCCACAAUAGUAGAGAGAAUUCAACUAUAUCUGAAGUUGAAGAUCCAAGUUAUUUCAUUUUAAUAUCUACAUACGUUAGUUACGUUUUACUCAUCGUUGUUGGUCAUAUGAGGGACUUUUUUGGUAAACGGAUGUUCAAGAAGCAUUACAAGCAUUUAAUGCCUAAUAAUGGCUACGCCGCUCUUUUGUCUGAUUUUGAUAGCUUUUACACCCGUCGUUUAAAAUUACGCAUUGACGAUUGCUUUAGUAGACCAACAACAGGUGUUCCAGGUCGUACUAUUGUCACUCUUGAUAGAGACUCUGCUGAUUACAACAAUACAUACAACUACAGUGGAACAAGUACUAGAUGCUUGAACGUAUCUUCAUAUAAUUACCUCGGUUUUGCUCAAGCUAGAGGUGGCUGCGCUGACGCUGUCGAAGAUUGUAUUGCGAGAUAUGGUGUCUCGGCCGGCGGUCCAAGACAUGAAGGUGGUACCCUUGAUUUGCACCAUCAAGCAGAGAAUUUAGUUGCUAAAUUCUUGGGCACUGAAGCUGCUAUGCUUAUUUCUAUGGGUUUCGCUACAAAUUCUACUACAAUUCCUGCUUUAGUUAACAAAGGUUGUUUAGUCAUCAGUGAUGAACUGAAUCACAGUUCAAUUAGAUUUGGUGUACGUUUAUCCGGUGCUAGUGUUCGACAAUAUAAGCAUAAUGAUAUGAAAGAACUGGAAAAUUUACUUCGAGAGACAAUCUCUCAAGGUCAACCUCGUACACAUCGUCCUUGGAAGAAAAUAUUGCUAAUCGUAGAAGGUCUCUAUUCAAUGGAGGGUACCCUUGUUAACUUACCAGUCAUCAUGGAGAUGAAGAAAAAGUACAAGUUUUACUUAUACAUUGAUGAAGCACACUCAAUUGGUGCUCUCGGUCCUAGUGGUAGAGGUGUUUGCGAUUACUUUGGUAUAGACCCUCGUACAAUUGAUAUCUCCAUGGGCACUGUGACGAAAUCUUUCGGUGCUGCAGGCGGUUAUAUCGCGGGUUCUUCUGACCUGGUGAAUAGAAUCAGACAAAGAAGUCAUGGAAUGACAUAUGCUGAAUCAAUGUCACCCCCUGUUCUCACUCAGAUUAUAAGUUCGCUCGCGUCUAUCACCGGUGUAAAGGAAUUCAUUGAAGGUGGUGACCAAGUUAGUGAAGAAAUACAUCCAGGUCCGAUCACCUAUAAUACUUUACCAUCUUGGAUGACACUUCCAAGAGAUCUUCUUGAUGGAUCAGAAGGCAAGGACAGAUUAAGGAGAUUAGCAUUCAAUGCUCGUUACUUAUCAUCAGCAUUACGUAAAAUGGGGUUCAUUAUGUCAGGAUCUAGAGAUUCACCAAUCGUACCAUUAUUCAUUUUCCAUCCAGCAAAAUUACCACUUUUCUCCCGAUUAAUGUUAGAAAGACUAACAAAGGAUGCAGCAUCAAUUGUUGUUGUAGUCGUAGCAUACCCAGCAACGCCAUUAAUAAGUGGUAGAGUUAGAUUUUGUCUAUCUUCUGCACAUACAAAAGCCGAUAUUGACGAAUUGCUACGAGCUUGCGAUGAAGUUGGUGAUAUUUUACAGCUUAAAUUAUCGAAAAGGGAGAAUAAGUGGACAGUUGAAGAAUGCAUUGAUAGAGCAGUUGAAUUGGUUGAAAGUGAAGAAGCAUAACUUAAUUACAUUAAUGACCUGACCUAAUUUAUUUAUAUACCCCACAAGACACACAGACAUUCCUUUCAAAAAUGAUGAUUGUGUAUUUCCUUUGUUUUUCUUGAAAAUUUCUUGAUGGCUAAAGAUUAUUGAAUUAAUAGAUUACAGUAUAUUUUCAUACUUAGUUGUGGACCUCAGACUGUAGAUCUCAGCUUUAUAGUCACUUCGUUUGGCUUUUAGUAUGCCGUUGCUAUGCAUAUAGUGAACGUAGGAUGAGAUGUAAUGUAAGAGGAAAAUAUACCAGAUAGGACUUGUAUUGUAUAGGUUUUGAUAGAUGCUUCUGUGAUGUCAAGAUGAACAUCGAUUAUAUCUUGAUUAGAUCAUUUUGAUAUCUCAUCUCGGUUUAACAUCAACUUUUUCGUUAUCCAAACGUAACUUUUGAGCCGUAGUGGUUGCCGUAUUGUCUAGUAGAUAGUAAUCAACUUCGUACACAAUGUACGAUUUAUAUGUGGCUCAUAAUGACCGAUAGUAUGUUUCAACUUCUAGACGGUGUCAUAACGUGUCCUACUAUCCAUGGCAAUAAAUUAUAUAACAGAUUUAGAAGUUAAUGUAUCAUCUACCAUUAACACAAACGCUAUAGCAGUCGCAAAAGUCAAACCAUCUCCGAAUACAGAGAAACUGCUGUUCAGAUAUUCUUACCUAACUUGUAGUAACACUAGUCUGUUGUAUUUCUCACGUAGUG